GCAACUCACAAAGAAGAGUUACCGCACCGAUCAAAAUUCAUCGGGAAACCAAGACUUUUAUUUUCUUAUGACCGCUACACCGAAAAAUAAGAUAAAAAAAUAAAACAUGGCUAAUAUUAUGCAUGCUCGCAUCCUCUCACAUAUUUUUGGCAAAGUUAAUGUUGCGACAUUCAAGUCGUGUUUUCCUUUGACUAAUGAAGUUUUAACCAAAAGAAGUUACAAAGGAAGUAAUAGAUAUAAACGAAUGAAAGGAAUUAGAGACAAAGAAAGAUUGGAUAAAGAAAUGCAACAAAAGUAUGGAAUAAGUAAACCUCAAUUUAACUUUAAUAACUGGAUGAAAAACAAUUAUUUAAACGAAAUUAAAGCAUUUCAAUUCAGGCUUAAUACUCAUUUCAAGGAUGAAGGUUUAAUGAUAAGUGCUUUAAGUCAUUCGUCUUUCGUUGAUGAAUUGAAGUUAUUUAAUGAACAAUUGGUUACUUCUAAUGAAUUGGGAAAAAAAUUUGAAGAUAAUGAUUUUCAAAAAAGACUUGAUUUGAAAAAUCUUAUGUCUAGUAUAUCAUCUGAAAAACUUGCACUAGUUGGUAUGGAAUUAAGUAUUUCUGUUAUAAAAACUGCACUUUACAAAAGAUUUCCUAAUUUAACUGUUCAUGCUUGCAAUGAUAUUAUAAAUUUCCUAAUUUCACGCAGUAAUAUUGUCCAUCUUGCUAAGAACCUUGCAAUUGAAGAGCUUCUACUUCUUUCAAAGGAAAUUGAAAAUCAGGAUGUAAAUGACCAGUUUUAUACCAAUUUUAUAAAGGAAGAUUUUAUUAGUGAUGCAUUUUUUGCAUUAAUUGGUGCUAUUGAAAUAGAUCAAGGUUAUAAUGCUUCUAAAAAAUUUGUUGAGGACUUUGUUGUUGCUUUAAUAGAUCAAGAAGAACUUUCUAAAUAUAUAAAACUUGAAAAUCCUAAACAAGAGCUUGAAAGUAUUUUACAAAUGCAUGGUAUUUUUUGUAAACCGGUUGCUCGAGUAAUUGCAGAAACUGGAAUAUCAACAGAUUUUCCUUUUUAUUAUGUUGGUAUUUAUUGUGAUAAGUUUAAGAUUGGAGAAGGAUCGGGAUAUUCAAUCCGAACUGGAAUAAGUGAUGCUUUUAAAAACUGUGUUUUUAAAUGUUUUGACCAAGAAGUAGAUUUUAAAGUUAUACAACAAUCUUUAAUAUAAAUAUUUUUUUGUUUUUGAAAAAGGGCUUAUUGCUAAAAGUUUUUACUGA